UCUAGUUUGCUCUUCAUAUAGUAUUCACCAUUGGAUAGUAACCUUAUCGCGGCUCCUAGAGAAGCAUAUUUUUUUUCAUACUAGCGCCGUUUCGAUUCGAAAUUUGGAAUCUAGCGUCAGUUGUAUGCAAGAACAAACGGUUAAAUUGCGACCAUGUUAUGACCAAGUGUUUUCAAGAUGUAUUACUGACCAUGGCCUGGCGUCAAAAUAGGACCAUGUAUGAUCAAAUACCGUACUAUUGACGAGUGCUUGGUGUUAAAUUGUGAUACGGUUGAAGAUAAGAUAUGACGUUGUAGGAGUUAUAGGAUCACGUAGAAGUUGGGACCAAGUAUGACUAAAUACAGUGGCUCUGAAGAUUGUUCGGUGUUAAAUCGGGCUUGUCAAAGAAAGAAAAGCCAGAGAAACUCGAGUGCUGCAUAGAGGAUGUCUGGCAAGCAAGGAGUGCUCGACAGGAAAGGGUGGUACGUGAAGGCGUUGCCGAGUGGGGAUGAAUGGCCUCAGGACCUGAGUUUGGCCCCCCAAUUUAAGCAAGCAAGAGUCGACACUCUGCCUGGCGCCCUUAAAUUUGGAGUCGAUAAGUUCACCAAUAAAGAAUGCAUGGCAACAAGGAAGCUAUUGGCAAGACAGCGAGAAACUGUCGAUGGCAAAAUAAUCGAAAAGUUGUCAUUCGGCGAGUAUACCUGGAGAAAGUAUAGCGAAGUUCUCGAGUGUGUCGAGCUCGUUGGAUCGUUCAUGUUCGAGCUGGGAUUUGGCAUUGGUGACAGAAUCAGUAUUUUUGCCGAGACCAGAGCUGAUUGGUUCAUUUCAGCAAUGGGGUGUCUCCAGCAGAGGGUUGCCGUCUGCACCGUUUACACAACUCUAAGUGACGACGCGAUAGUGCACGCUCUCACUGAAACUGAAGUUAAAAUGGUGUUCACGUCGUGUGAAGUCUUACCACGACUUUCGCGCCUGCUAAAGAGGUGUCCGAAUGUCACGAGAAUAGUUGUGAUGGAAGAUCAACUCGACGGUGUCGGUGACACUUCACACGUGCCAGAAAGCGUUUCUAUUACACCAUUCUUGCAAAUAUUGAAUUCUGGGAAAGUGAAUCCAUCUGCACGGCUCGUCAACCCAAAGUCCACGGAUGUAGCAAUUAUUAUGUACACGAGUGGGUCGACCGGAACACCGAAAGGCGUUGAGUUAACACAUCAUAACAUUAUAUCUUCGGUUGUUGCGUAUUCGUGCCAAAUGCAAGUUGAUGAAACGGAUCGCUACUUGUCAUUCCUGCCACUUGCUCACAUUCUUGAGCUUGCCUGUGAGGUGGCCCUUAUUGCUUUGGGAAUCACCAUCUAUUAUUCAUCUCCGUUCACUUUAACUUCGAGCAGCCCAAAAAUAGCUUCGGGAUCAGAAGGCGAUUCUAUUCUGGCUCGUCCAACUUACAUGAACUCGGUACCACUGAUGCUGGACCGAAUUUUAAAAGGAGUAUCACAAGCUGUAGAACGGCAAGGGCGCGUGAAAAAAGCAAUUUUCUAUGCAGUUGUAGCCAAUAAACAGUGGCUUGACCGGAUCCCAUUUCUGGGUAAGUUUCUUGAUGGUCUAAUUUUUCGUAAAGUUAGGGCUGAACUGGGCGGAUGCCUGAAAAGAGUCGUAAUUGGUGGAGCUCCUCUAUCGUCCGAGACUCACCUCAACUUUCGCGCCAUUUUUGGCUGUACCCUCCAAGUAGGCUAUGGAUCAACAGAAACUGCCUCCUGUAUCUCAGGAAUGGUUGAAGAAGACCCUACAACGGGUCACUGUGGAGGUCCAUGCCUCAAUGUCUUCCUGAGACUAGCAGACUGGGAAGAAGGAAACUACAAAUCGACCGACAAACCCUUUCCUCGUGGAGAAGUCUUGAUCGGAGGGCCUUGUGUUGCUAGAGGCUACUUUAAGAGGCCCGACGAAACGAAAGAGACUUUCUUCGAAGAAGGUGGCGAGCGAUGGUUCCGAAGUGGGGAUAUAGCCGAAAUGGAUAAUCUUGGCCGAGUUCGGAUUAUAGAUCGCAAGAAGGAUUUAGUGAAGCUUAAACACGGAGAAUACAUUUCUCUGGGAAAUGCAGAAGCUACAUUGAAGACAUUGAACGUCGUUGACAACAUGUGCAUAUUUGCCGAAUCGACGCGUGACAAGAUUGUCGCAGUAGUAGUUCCAGUUUUGGAGGUUUUGCGCAAAAUAGCUACAAAUGUUGGUUUCAAAGACUCUGACAUGACCUUGGAACACCUCUGUCAAGAUACAUGUGUGAAUAACGCUGUACUCAAAGCACUUCAAGCGCACGGGCGUCGUUGUGGGCUUUCACGGUAUGAAAUACCUGCGGCUGUCCGCCUCACCGCUGAACUCUGGACCCCGGAUAGCGGGCUAGUGACAGCUGCACUCAAGCUGCGCCGCAAACAACUAGGCCAGCAGUACCGGGAUAUGGUGAGAGACAUGUAUACAUGUCUGGGUGACUAAAAUGCAACAUUUUAAGAACUUGGCCAGCGGUAUCAGGAUAUGGUGAGAUACGUGUAUACACGUCUGGGUGACUAAACGUCACAUUAUAAGAACUUGGCCAGCAGUACCGGGAUAUGGUGAGAGACAUGUAUACAUGUCUGGGUGAUUAAAACGCCACAUUAUAACCAGCAAAACCAACAUAUGGCGUGAGGUACGUACACCUGUUAGGUAAACAACAGUUUCGAAUUCUUUUUAGCAAUACCAGCAUAUGAUGUCAAAAAUAUUACGCAUCCAAGUGGCUAAGGCUUUAAUCAAGCCAUCAGUGUCAGGAAACAUGUACACAUGUUUGGCCGUCAAUUCCUGCUUAUAAAAAUAGGCACGCUGAGCUCCUACAGCUUUCAACAAGUCUGUUUCUUUUCAUUGUUUCCCAAUCUUAUUAUCUUUCCUAUUAUCGAGUCAAUUCGAAUUUCACUAAUCAAUUUUUUAUUAAUUAUCCAACUAUCCAAUUUGAAUUUCACUUCAAAUUAUUAUUAAUUAUCCAACUAGCCAAUUAGAAUUUCACUAGACAAUUUAUUAUUAAAUAUCCAACUAGCCAAUUCGAAUUCCACUAGAGAAUUUAUUAUUAAUUAUCCAAUUAGCCUAUUUGAAUUUCACAAAGUAAAGAUACUUCCCAGCGCCCAGCUGUGCUUCAACUAUUUCACUUGUUCAACUCCUUAAUGCACUUGUUCGACUCCUUAUAUAUUUAUAUGUGAUGCACCUCACGAUUUUCUAUUACGCGAUUCAAAUAUUGGAGGUUUGUAUGCUUGAUAUAUGCCAUGGCCCAUAUGCCAUUCUAUGACUUGUGCGCCAUAGUGUUGAGCCAACGGGUUGAUCUUGGAGAGAGAAAAAGUGAAGAAAAUGCACUCGACUCAGUCGACUGUUACCCCCGAUAACAUAAUAGUAAAAUGUUUCUUUGUGAAAUGAUGUCAUUUACGAAGUGGUAAUGAUGGUGAAAUUUCCUAUGACUUUUGUUCACAGCUUUCAUCGAAAAGUAGGACACCAAUUUGAAAGGUUAUAAUUCUGUUUCUCUAUUAUUAUGUUAGAAAUGCAAGGACUUAGGACUCAGUAUUUUGCGUUGCCCUAUUAAUUGUAUAUCAUUUAAUUCUUAUUUGUAUAGUUGUAAUGUGGGCAUUGAUAAUUUAUCAGUUUAAUCUAUUUUUUGCUCGAUGUAUUUUCUAUCUAAUCCGAAUAUUGGAUGAAAUUUACCAUGUGAUAUUAUAAUCUAUUAAAGUGUAUGUAAAGAUAUUGAUAUCAACGAUUUUGCGCUUGUUAUCGUCACCUAACCUUCAACUCAGUCGUCUGGGUUAAUCUUACCGAGUUGAGUCAGUCGUUCGAUAUGAAGUAAACUAAACGCUAAUUAAAUUUGUUUUACAAAAUCAAGAAUACGGCCAACUUUCACGGAACCGUUAUAUUUUAAUUAAUGGAUGAGCAGUGGACCUAAUUGGUAUGUCUUCGAUAUAAUUGUUACUUGGAACGUAUAUUCUACCACGAAUUGUUUAGUCUUGUAAUCUCGACGAAUGCAUCAGUUAGUGAGCAAUUCGUAAAGAGGCGAUUUAGUAUAUUAAGAAUGUUAAUUCGAUAUACGCAAUAGUGUGCUUAGGACAGCGGUUUAAGUAAUAUUUGAAGCGCGGUUUAAUAGAGCGUAGCGUAUUAGCAUUCUUUCAUAAACUUUAGUCGAAAUUUAUACGAUUAAUACACAAACAUGUUCAAUUGUCACUUUGAAUAAUCACUUCCGUUUUUUGGCGUCAUUUUAUAGAUUUAUUCAUUGUCUACUGAAUUGCUUCACAUUUGACUAUACAGAAAUGUUAACAUUCUAAGCCUGGCCGCCAUUAAAAAAUUUAGAAACCAAUUUACUAGCGCCUAUAGCUAGGCUUAGGACACUCUUAAAAUACUUGGAGGUGUAGAAGAACGAGAUCAACUCAAAUAUCUUAGAGCGAUAGGGUUCCCUGCUACCAAAAAUUGUUUGCCGUCCAACGAGUCUGCCUCGACAGUGUCGAGCCGAUAUCCAGGGCGGCUUCUGUGUUCAGAACUUGUGAUUUUCACCUUGUGAGGAACUCUACUAGCUCUAUUGGAUGUAUAAUAAUGACAGUUCUUUAGUUGACAGAGCGAGUGCUUGUUUACCUAUGCUUAUGGUGAACUCUUUGUGCUCGACGCUUCUGAUCGACCUAAGCACGCAGUUAGCAAUGUGGACCAUUGUAUAACAUAAACAUUCCCGAAUCCUCGAUUAGGUUUAUUUCCGUUUAAUGAUAUUAACGUAUUCUCGAUUUUGUACCUGUCUACUCAAUAAUGUUCUUGUAUCCUCGAUUAUAAUAUCUGCUAUGUUAUGUACGCGUAUCCUCGAUUAGUUUAAGUCUUCCCAAUUAUGUUUUUGUAUGAUCGAUUAAUUUACUGUCUGUUCUAUUAUGUUCGCGUAUUAAUUAUCGAUUAGUUUACUGUCUUAACUAUUAUUUUUAUCUAUCGUGAGUAAGGUCUCUCACUUAGUUUCUAAUAAACCAUGAAUGAAAUUUUGUAAUUCACAUACGAGCUUGAAAAGUUUGUUUACUCAAAUACUGUUUCGUAAUUUCUUUAUCUGUAUCUUUGCCGAGAACAUAAAUUUAUAAGUACUAAACUACUGUUCAAAUGUCAAGUUUGUAUUAAUUUUUAGUAAAUUCUGCCAUAAUAUGGCUCAUGUUGAACAGUAUGUAGCUAUUUCUUGUUUGUUCAUCAGAAGCCUAAAGCUUGCAAGGGCAAAAUUGCAAAUUUUGUUGGAAAUGUAAUCACGUAGCAAGUCUAAUAAUAACGACACGGUGCGUGCUUGCUUUGCACGUGACCCGCAGAAAGAAUUCUUCAAAUAGAAUCCAAAUUCGGUGGA